AGGAAACCCUCCUGGAAGUAUGAAGGAGAUGGUGGGAGGCUGCUGUGUGUGUUCCGACGAGCGCGGCUGGGCGGAGAACCCGCUCGUCUACUGCGACGGCCACGGCUGCAAUGUGGCCGUGCACCAAGCUUGUUAUGGAAUUGUCCAGGUUCCCACCGGCCCCUGGUUCUGCCGGAAAUGCGAAUCCCAGGAAAGAGCCGCCCGAGUGAGGUGUGAGCUGUGUCCCCACAAGGAUGGAGCCCUGAAGCGCACGGACAAUGGGGGCUGGGCCCAUGUGGUGUGUGCCCUGUACAUCCCCGAGGUGCAGUUUGCCAACGUGCUCACCAUGGAGCCCAUCGUGCUCCAGUACGUCCCCCAUGACCGCUUCAACAAGACCUGCUACAUCUGCGAGGAGCAAGGGCGGGAGAGCAAGGCGGCCUCGGGGGCCUGCAUGGCCUGCAACCGCCACGGCUGCCGCCAGGCUUUCCACGUCACCUGUGCACAGAUGGCCGGGCUCCUGUGUGAGGAGGAGGUGCUGGAGGUUGACAAUGUCAAAUACUGCGGCUACUGCAAAUACCACUUCAACAAAAUGAAGACCUCGCGCCAUUCCGGGAGCAGCUCCUUCCUCCCGGGCAGGAGGAGCCGCUCAGCAUCCCCAGCCCAGGAAAAGCACCUGUCCCACCACGAGCGGCCAAAAAAGAGCCGCAAGGACAAGGAGAGGCCGAAGCAGAAGCACAAAAAGCGGCCGGAGUCCCCCAGCAGCCUUCCCCCAGCACCUGUGGCCGUGGCUGCUGAGAAGGGCUCCAGCAGCCACCACGAGGCCACCAAGGAGAGCUCAGAGGUGGCCAGGGCAGAGGCCAAGGGCAGGAAAUCCUCGAGCCACGGCAGCAGCCACAAGGGCAAGAAGACGGGAAGCGGCAAAAGCUCCGCAGGCUUUGGAUCUGCCCCAGCUGGGGGAACCUUCCAGACAGCUGGCUCCUCCUGCGGCCUGCCCGGCUCUCAGGACUUCGCGCCCUUCCCCAAGCUGGAGCAGGAGGACGAGAAGUUCCGCAAGGCCGCCAGCUCCAGCUCCUCCUCGCACUGCUCACCGCUCUCUGAGGGCCCCAAGGCCGACGUCUUCGAGCAGAAGGUCAUCUUCUCCGGCUUCGGCUCCAUCAUGCGCUUCUCCACCUCGGCUGUGGGCCAGCCGCGAGCCCGCGACGCCUCGCCCGUGGACUACAAAGCCUCCAGCACCCUUGGUGGCCCCGCGGGUGGCACGGGUGGCACGGCUGGCGCCGCCGGGAGUGGCCACAAGCGGAUGCCGUCGCUGGGCGCCGAGGAGGGAGAGGUGCUCAAGGAGAAGAAGCACAAGGGCAGCAAGAAGAACAAGCACGGCCCCGGCAGGCCCAAGGCGGGCAAAGGCAAAGAGGUUUUGGGGGCCCAGCUGGCUGGGUCCACCUCCACCUCCUCCUCUCCCUUCUCCGGGGGAUCCCUCGUCAGCUCCAGCGUCGGGAAUUCUUCCCGGAGCUUCAGCCACCCCGGGAGUCUGCCCAGCCUCAGCAUGGAGUCGCCACUGCUGGGCUCAGGGAUCUACACGAGCAACAAGGACCCGAUCCCGCUGGGCGCGGCGCUGCGGGCGGUGUGCAGCACGCCGCUGCCCUCGGGGCUGCUCCCGCACCAGGGCGGCUCCGCCCUGCCCCAGCUCAGCCGCUCGCCCUUCGCCAGCUCCAUCCCCGCCUCCUCCUCCGCCGGAUCCACCACGCAGGUGUUUUCCCUGGCGGGUUCCACCUUCAGCCUCCCUUCCUCGCACAUUUUUGGGAGCCCGCUGACGUCCGGGCUGUCCCUGAACCCCCUCCUCAGCCAGCCGGAGAGCAGCCGGGCAGAGCCUGACCUGGAGGAUUGCGGCUUCGGCUGCCGAGGGACGUCCCCGCAGGAGAGCCUGUCCUCCAUGUCCCCCAUCAGCAGCCUGCCGACCCUCUUCGACCAGACCGUGUCGUGCAGCAGCAGCGGGCAGCUGGACAAUGUCCCGCAGGCCACCCCCAACAUCGAGCAGCUCCUGGAGAAGCAGGGCAACGGCGAGGCCGGGGUGAACAUUGUGGAGAUGCUGAAGGCACUGCACUCGCUGCAGAAGGAGAACCAGCGGCUGCAGGAGCAGAUCAUGACGCUGACGGCCAAGAAGGAGCGGCUGCAGCUGCUCAAUGUCCAGCUGUCCGUCCCCUUCCCCGUAGUCACCAGCAGCAACGGCCCGGGCAGCCAGUCCCAGUACAUCCUGCCCGCCAAUGUCUGCGGCGGUGACUCCCUGAGCAUCAGCAAGAGCCCCCCGUGCAAGAAUAGCUUCGGCAUCGAGAACUCGCUCUCCACGUCCUCCGAGGACCCUCACUCGGGCUGUCCCAGCAGGAGCAGCUCCUCCCUGUCCUUCCACAGCACCCCCCCGCCCCUGCCCAUGCUGCAGCCCAGCCCCGCCUCGCUGCCCCUGCCCGGGGCGCAGCAGGUGAACGGCCUGGCCAGGGCGGCGGGCGGGGGGCUGGCCGGAGCCUCGGGGGGCAGCCACGGCCUCUCGGCGGUGCCCAUGGUGGACGGCCUGCUGGGCAGCCUGGCCGGAGCCCAGCAGAUGCCGCUCAACGGGAUCCUGGGGAGCCUGAACGGAGCGCAGCCCGCCCCGCCUCUGAGCGCGGCCCCGGCCCUGCAGCUCUCCACCAGCCUGAGCAGCGUGGCCAGCCUGAGCCCCCUGACGGAGCAGCAGCGGCACGUCCUGCAGCAGCACGAGCAGCAGCUCCAGCAGCUGCAGCAGCUCCUGACUUCCCAGCCGCUUAACCCGGAGCAGCAGGCGCUGGUGUUCCAGAUGAUGCAGCAGAUCCAGCAGAAGCGGGAGCUGCAGCGGCUGCAGAUGUCGGGCUCGUCCCAGCUGUCCCUGCUGGCCGCCACCUCGGCCCCGCUGCACCCCAGCCCCAGCACGCUGCUGACCUCGGCCGCGCCCAGCGGGAGCUCCCUGCUGGCCUCGCUGUCCCCGCAGCAGCUGAACCCCGGCGGGACCCUGCUGGCCCCCCAGGCCACCCCCCCGCUGGGCUCGGGGCCGGCCAUGGCCCCCAACCCCUUCCUGAGCCUGCAGCCCGACGGCAGUGCCCCGAAAGGAACGCCCCUGGGUGACAAGGGCGCUCCCCUGGCGCAGGACAAGGGCUAGGAGUCCCCCGGCCCCGAGCCCGCAGCCAAUCCUCUCCCGGGGACCGCGGCUUCCCCGCGGCACCAGCAGAGCCCAGAGCUCCAGGAAUGGCCCAGGAGGAGCCUUGGGAGCCACAGCGGCUGUCACCGCCCCAGUGCCACCAGGAGUGAAGGUGGGGUCACCUGUCCCCUGCUCCAUGUGCUGGAGGGGACUCCAGUGGAUCCUGCCAGGAGCGUGGGGAGCGCCCACGGUAACAGAGACCCCCCAGAGCCUCGGGGAAGGACGUGGUGGCACCUGGAGGUGCCCAAGAAUGGGACUCUCAAUGUGGCACUGCCAGGGAAGGAUGUGGUGGCACCUGGAGGUGCCCAAGGAUGUGCACUGCUGGAGAAGGGACAUGGUGGCACCCGGCAAUGUCCCAAGAGCCAACACUGGAUGUUGCACUGCUGGGCAAGGAUGUGAUGUCACCUGGCGGUGUCCAAGGAUGUGGCCCUGGAUGUGGCACUGCCAAGGGAGGACAUGGUGGCCAUGCCCAGAUGGGGACAUCCAGAUGAAUUCCCAAGCUGAGGUUUCCCUGCUUUUCCCACUGGGCUUUGCUCCAGCUGGAAGACGAUCCAGCCUGGAAGGACAGAUGGAUGAGGAUGGACAGAGGUGGGAAGGAGGUGGCACCACCUGGGAGGAUGUUGUCACCUGUGCCAGCUGCCGGAGGGACGGGGCUGUCCUUCCCUCCUGGAAUUCCCGAAGGCCAACAUCUCAGCUGGGGCCACAGCUGGAAUUGUCUAAGGUCAGGAGCUCCUGGACCUGGGAGAGGAUUCCUGGACCAGAGUUUGGAGAUGAAAAUCUUUGUGGGGAGGAGAAUCCCAAAUGCGGUCCCUGCGUUUUCCCACCCACCACAAAUCAUUCCCACAAAACCACGUUCUUCCACUGAUCCUGGGAAGAGGGAUCUCCAAGGAAUGGGACAGUGACCACAGUCCUGAGCCUGGGAUGGCAGAAGUUCCAUUGUUCUCCACCUUUUGACCUUGAUUCCAUCUCCAGCCUGGAAUAUCUACUGGGGAUCGGCUUCCUCUGAGCUGGGAUGGAUGGAUGGAUGGAUGGGUGGAAGGAAGGAAGGAAGGAAGGAAGGAAGGAAGGAAGGAAGGAAGGAAGGAAGGAAGGAAGGAAGGACAGUCAGAGCAGCUCUGGGAAGGGGAACACCAACACCAAAUGCACCAAUGCCCCUCCUUCAUUCAUCCCUAGUAAAUCCAGGACUCCUGGGAAUGCUCCAGCUGACGGAAACUCCUUUGGGAGAGCCCCAAAUCCCAAAUUUUGGACCUUCAUGCAUGUUUAGCACAUCCCCACUGCCCUUCCUGCUUUGCACUAUUCCUGUUAUCAGCAGUGGGGCUGCGCUGAUGGUGCUGGCAAAGCUCGCCCCAGGCGAAAUCCUCCACUGAAUUUCCUUUUUUAAACGUUUAUUUUGUUUUAUUUGUUUUUUUUCUCUAAGAUUCACACCACAAGGGUUGUCUUAAAAAAGAAAAAAAAAAAAAAAAAACCAGAGAAAAAAAUAAUACCAAACCCUUUCUGCUCCCAGCUUGGAGCUCUGAACAGGACAGAGCUGCUGGCUGCUCAGAAAUAGAAAUAUACAUUAAAUAUAUAAUGGGAUUUAUCUAUCCAGAGGUUAUAACAAGCUUUGGAAGCUGUUGGGGAGCCCCAUCCUUUGGGAUCCCCGUCCCCAAACCUGCUCCGGCACAAUUCCCUUCUUGCACUUUGAAAUUCCUUUGGAUUUUUCUCUUUUUCCCCCCACCCUGUGCUGGGUCAUUCCCCUUUCCUUGGCACCCCUGGAGGUGCCACCCAAAAUCCUCCUGGCAUGGGGACACCCCUGGUAAAGGGACACCCCUGGCACGGGGACCCCAGGUCCCCUCCACCUCCCUCCUGAGGAGCCUCGGGCUUGGCAGUGAUGAUGAAAGCAAAUUAAGUCACAAACUGGGGCUAAAAUGUGGAAUUUUGGGGCUGUCCCCCAGCCUGUUUUGGUGUGGGGUAGCUGUGCCUGCCAUCCGGCAGAUCCUCGGGAUUUGGGGACAGCCAAAUCCCAGCUUUGGGCCAGCAGGAGGAUGGGCAGGGGGCUCUGCCAGCUGGGUGUAGCCAGGAGUUGGGGUUUAUUUUAAUUUAUUUUUUGCUUUUUAUCACAAAUCCCAAAUCCCCGCAUUGCUCUGGAAUCCCAAAUCCCUGGAGUGCUGCCCACAGCCUCCAGCCCCAUCUGCAGCCCAAAUAACCCCAAAGUUGUGCCCAUAUGUCCCAGUUCUUGCAAAAUCCAGCCCCGGGAGUUUAGAGAUCCCUGUGAGGAGCAGGGAGGGAGGGCUGGGAAGGGAAUUGUUCCCCCAGGACACCCAAAAUCCGAGUUGGGAUCAUCCCCGAUUUCGGGUCGGUGCCCAAAUCCCUGGACAAGCCCAAGGCACCAAAGGGGUCAGUGAGAGGCACUUAGGGCACAUUUCCGCAGAGUCUGGAAAUGCUGGAAUUGGCUCCUGCGGGAAUGCUGGGGAGCCCAGGCUUUGGAAGAGGAAGGAAAGCUGGGAAUUUGGGGUUUUUUAGGCAGGAUCACAACCCGGGGAGCUGGAUCCCUCUUGGUUCUCCAGGAAUUCCCAGAGCUGGAUCCAGGAGUUCCCAGAGCUGGAUCCCUCUGGCUCCCCAGGAAUUCUGGGAUUCGGGGAUCAGGGACAGAAAGCACUUACACCUCUCCCUGUGCCCAACCUUCCAAAGGCUCCCAAACCCCGGGAAUUGUCACCUCCAGCCACCCCAAAUGUCCCUUGGGCAGAGUGAGAAGGGGGAGCUGGGAAAUUCCAGGUGAAUC